AUGCUCCACGAAGUCCUCCUCGCCCUCUCUGGGCACCCCUCCCCUCUCCUCCGAACCGACAACACAGAUCCCAAUGCGCUAUCAACGGCAAUCUCACCACCGGAGCGCGAACUCCUAGCCACCGCCGCCCACCUGAGCGACCUCCAUGUCAAACUGCAGAGCUACACCGCCCCCAUCGCCGCCGAGCACCCAUCUACGAUAUGCCGCGCCACCGCCACCGCGAUACAGUCCGUCCACCUAGCCGCUUUCCAGCGCAAGGUCCUCGAUGUGGAGGAGACGAUACUACGCAAGGACUCGAGUCUUGUCGGCGCCUACAACAUUGUGCCAUUGACCGCCGUUGUGGGGGAGUUUUCCGAGUGGACGAGACGCAUGGAAUGGUUGUGGGAGAUCGUCCAGUUUAUGCUGAAGAAGCAGCAAGGGCAAACGUGUCGCGGGGCACAGCUGAUUGACAGGCUGAGGAGUGAGCUGCAGAGCGGCUAUGUCGAUAUUGAGAGGACGGCUAUGAGCCUCGUAUCCGUAGCAGAGACGGCCUGGCUGAAGCAGGUUUCUGCUUGGAUCCUCUACGGACGAUUGCCGACCUUUGGAGGGGAGGACUUUUUUGUGCAAAAGUCGGAGGGAGGUGACCAGGAAUACAUCUCGGUGCCGGCUUUUCUACCCAACUUUGUAACCCUACCAACGGCAUCGUCAAUGCUCUUCAUCGGCAGGUCGCUCAACCACGUCCGUGUCAAGGGCAGUGUUGAAUCUGGCUUACAAGGCCUCGAUCACCUGUCUUCGCAACUAAAAGAGCUAUCCGCUUUAACCUACCCUCUCCACACGGCGAGCUUCUCGCGCGCCAUUACCUCGAUUCGCCUCACACUCUCACGGACGAUCUUGCUCAAGCUCCUGCCUCUCGCCAAAGUUGUUGAGGCACUGCAGGUUUUGCGAGAGUUCUUCCUUCUUGGCCGCGGCGAAUUUGCCAUGGCUCUGACGCAGCAGGCUGACGAGAAGCUUCGGAGCAGGUGGAAGAGAUCCGACAAUCUCGCGUAUGAGAAGCGAGAAGGCCUCGGCACCUUUGCCGUCAAGGAGGGCGAGGUCGCCGCCGUGCUGGCCAAGACAUGGGCGGCCAUGGGCUUGAUGCAGGGACAGCACGCGGACGAAGACGAGGGGUUGGAGAUUGCGAGGGAGCUUCUGCGGUUGACUCUCACAAAGUCCAAGCCGGCAGUGCCUCUCAAGCUCGAAGCAAGCGUAUCACGGCCCGCGACGAAAACUCUGGCCACGACCCCUUUCCGCAACCUCCUUUUAUCAGUCCCUGUCGUCUUGACGAUGCAGAUUCCCUCGCCCAUGGACAUGUUCCUUACCCCUUCCGACUUACAGAUCUAUUCCACCAUCAACUCAUACCUUCUCUCUAUUCGCCGAGCACAUAUUCGUCUCACUGAGCUGUGGAAGAUCACAUCCCUACGCCGGCAUCAUCCGGCACCCCCAGGACCACCCGCCGGAAGCACUCGAGCGGGGCGCUCUAAGGUGAUACUGCUGCGUCAGCGCUAUACGCAGCGGUCCAAUGCCUUGCGCAGCGCCUGGGUGACAUGCAGCUCUGCUAUAUUCUUUCUCUCCGAGACGGAGGCAUACUUACAGACGGAAGUAGUGGCUGGCCUAUGGGACGGCUUUCACGACUGGCUGACUCCCAAGGCAGAGACGGACGGCACUGAAACGGGGCCUCAGGGUGUAUCAACCAAGGCAGCAUCUAAACCUUCGACAGUGGUCGAGGCAGAAGCUGAGGACGACGACGACAUAUGGCUAGCUCAGAGCACGCCAACGACAAAGUCAUUCAAGCGAGCAGAACCAACCACGACCACAACUCACGACCCCCAGAGUCUCGCCACGGCCCACAGGGCCUACCUCCGCGCCCUCUCCACCCGCCUCCUCCUUACCUUUCCCACCUACACGGACCCGCUGUACAGCCUCCUCACGCACACGGAUCACCUCGUCGCACUGACGCAGCGUCUCCACGCCGUCUGGACCUCGAUGGACCUCGAAGCGGACGCGGGCGUCGUCGACGCUUUUGUGGACCUCGAGAUUGAGGAAAAAGAGGUCCGCGCCGCGAUCCGCGACGUGGAGAAGCAUGUCAAGGACGGGAUCCGGGACGUGAUUGCUGCGUUGCGGAGCCUGGAGGCGGACCCGGCGGCGUUUGCGGACGAGGAGGAGGGCGGCGAGGAAGGGGUUCUUAGAGAGGAAGGGGAGUAUGUGCCGCGGAGGGUCGGUGGCGUGGAGAGGUUGCUGAUGAAGCUUGAUUUGGCGGGGUGGUUUGGGGAGAGGAAGGAUGAUUUCGGCUUCGUGUAUAGUGAGUACUGA